CGUUUUCCAGAGAGAGUUCAGAACCAUACUUGAGUGAGGGGGGCACAAGGCACACCGAACUGAAGGCGCGCAUUACCCCAUCGGCGCGACUUCAAGCUUCAAGAUCGGACAGUCAGCAUGUAGGUGUGCAAGAAGUUCGUGAGAGGAUCCUCCUGAAGUGCAGCAUGUCGCGCUCGAUUUCCCUCAUUUAUCUGACAUCUUCGCCGUCAUGGAAAUCCCGGAACCCUCCCGCUCUCUUUGGCAGCACGGAGCCGCCGUCGCGAUUCCACAUAGGAUAUACGCGCAGCAUCAGUGGAAGCACGUCGCGCCCUCGGAGGCCACCGUCUGACAGCUCCACCCUUCACUCGAGUGGCGGCUGAAGCAUAGUCACACAGUUGCUCGAAGGUCUAGACGGCUGGAUGAGCAGUUAGAUGGCGCAGUACUGGUGAGCGGUACCAAAUUUUGUGCGUCUUCAAUUGGUCUGAUGACAAUAGGGCCCGCAAGGCGAGGAUGUCUGUUCCGACAGGCAUGUCACACUCAAACCUCCCAAGCCGACGCCCCAUCCCUGAAUCAAGGAUGGUAUUUGUGCCGAACAUCGAGGUGCUCACCCGAGAUUCAGAUGACGAUAUGCAAUGCAGCGCUUUGGGGGCCUUCGAAGAGCUUGUGAAGCCCGGUGUCGAUGACAUACUCAAGAAGGCCAAGGUGCCGCACGCGACAGGCAUGGCGGUGCUGGCUGUGUCUUGUAGACUUGCGCGGAGGCGGCGGCUUGCUAGACUUGAACGCAUUGCGCUUGGGCAGGCUAUCGUUGCCGCGUGGUACGACGAGACCGCGGACGGCGCAGCAGACUGCUAACUCGCUGGGUCACGCCGGAGCUAACCGGGCUGUAUCAGCUGACGGUUGAGUGGACGGCAGACCGGACGCGGGGCGAUUGCAGAGGUGAUUCUCACAAUGCCCUGUUCGAAGAUGUUCUACUGACAACGACACAGUUCACGGUAAGCCAGAGUUCCAGCGAUGCAACGUCCCCUUUGACAUUCGGCGUCCGGAUAUCGGACAUCACAGUCGCGCUGGAUCUAUGAGAGGCCAAUUUCGGAGGCAGCUUAGUGCAGAUACAUUCUGUCUCAAGUUUUAGAGUAUUUGCGUGUCUCUGUAUGGUGUCUUCCAAAUCGCGCGAUAUCUCAAUACGUCCGCAGUAUACGUAGACGCCUACCGGCCGGUAGACCGCUAUGUAAGGUGUUUAUCUGAGUAUCAACUCACCGUAACAAACAAUUCAAAG